AUGCUGCUGCCCGACUGCCGCGACGUGUUCGCCGAGGAGCACUCGCUGCUGGUGUGCGCGCGCAGCCUGAGCUUCGGCACCUUCUGCCUGGCCACGCUGGUCGCGACCGUGUACGCGUUCCAGCGCAUCCUGCCCAUUUUCCUGAGCGCGCAGUGGUACCUGACCAACCUGAGCCAGUUGGCGCUCACGGGGCUGCAGAUGGCGCUGCUGGUCUACGAGUGCUUCGUGCUCAACAGCCCCAAGAUCCUCGUGCUGGCCAAGUACUUCCGCUGCAUGCAGAUCGCCAUCUCCUGCGUGCUCUACGGCAAGUCCGCGGGGGAGCUCGUGAACCGCACCAAGCUGUUCUACAGCAUGUUGAUGCCGGUUGUGGCGCUCACCACAGUCGCCAUGACAGCGGACGCGCUGCUGGUAGUUGGAGCCUACGACAAGAUCGACUGCCACCACAUCACGUGGAUGGCCAUGUCAGCUACAGGCGUGAUUCUCACAGCCGGCUUUGCCAUCCCUGGUCGAAUAGUCCUCGAGGAGAUCAAUUCAACGGCGAGGAAACAGCGUAAGAAAUUCCAGGACUCCGCCGAGCUGACGGAGCUGGAGCAGUCGCACCACCAGCUCUGGGUUCUCCUGAUCCAGUGCAACCUUGUGAGUACAGGUCUGCAGCUCGGCGUCGACGCGUAUCUCUCCUUUAGCGUCGGUGGCGACAAGCGCGAGUGCGACAGCAUGUUCUUCGACGAGAACGGCGGGCUGAUCGAGCAGUCGGUUCGCUUGGCGAUCUCCAUUGGGACGUACUUGGUGCCCAACUGGGGUGCGCUCUACGUGUUCUACGUGCUGCCGCGUUUCCAGUUCUCCACGGUCUUGGACGUCCCUGGCCUCGUGAUGGACGACGAGCACGAGGAAGCAUUGUAUGAGCUGCUUCCUGCUGACGAGUACGUGUCGCCACGUCCUAGUAGCGGCAGCAGCCGAGGCAGUAGGCGGUUCUACUGA